UGACGAUUCAAUAUAAUCUCCGUGCCAUAAAAUUGUUGCUUUCCAGUUUACAGAAUGUAUUAAGACAAAUAUUACUGAUUGAUUAGAGUACUAAUCUUCGACAGGUAUGAAUUACAUUGCCAAAUGAUUACAUGCGGCAAGGUUUUCUGUAGAAAAAAUCAACCAAAUUGCAACGCAUGUCCGAUGAGAGAAGAGUGCCAACACUUUGCAAGUGCAAGGAGUGAAGGGGACAUUGAAGAUUUGUGCGUAAAGGUUCACGAUAAGAAUCUUACAAUCAAAGUCAAUCCUAAACGGUGUAAAAUUGUAAAGGCUGAUCAUACACAAAGUAAGCAGAAGUGUUUCGACCGAACAAGUGAGUCGCUUCAAGAAGGUGUCAUGUCAAAAUCUAGUGCUCCAGUUCCAACUAGUCGCAGCACCCAGAUCGAAGCGCAUGAGCCAAUUUAGGACAAAGCAUCAAGUCUUAGAACUUCCAGACGCUCACCACAUUUUGAAAGGGCUAGAGAGAAGAGAACCUGAUGAUCCCUGCCCUUACCUUCUUGUUGUAUGGUCAUCUGGUAAACUAUCCAAUCCUGUUGGAUCAACUGAAGGUCAAACCACUUGCUCUGAUGAGAAUGGACAAUUUUUGGGCGGCAAUGGUGCAGACACUGCCCAGACUGUUCUAGGAACAAUUUUGAUACCAUGUCGCACGGCAAUGCGAGGAACUUUUCCUCUCAACGGAACAUACUUUCAAGCUAAUGAGGUGCUAGCUGAUUAUAAAACAAGUGAAAACCCAAUCGAUGUUCCUGUGUCAUCGAUACAACAUUUGAGGAGACGAACACUAUAUUGUGGAAACAGUGUUUCGGGAAUGUUUAUAGGUAUAUGUAUGUGUUUUGGAAUUGAUUACAGUGGUUGGAAAAUUUUGCUUGUUAGCUUACAUUCUCCGUACCAGGUUUAUUGACCAAAGAAAUCCGGGACAGCUU